CCAAUGUUUUGAAGAGCGCCAGAAGAAGAAGUAGUGUUGCUACUUGAGUUUAUAUGUUGAAUGACUGUUGAUCGUAGUUUACAGUGUUUUUUACAGUUAGUUUCUCUGCUUGGGAAGAACCUACCACAUUUCGCCGUAGAGUCGCAGCGUUCCCUGACAUCUGACCGGCUGCUUCGCACUGAAAAAUGCGGGACCGAACUAAAGAAUUAGGAAAUAAUGCGGAGGCUUCAGAUGAGGACGAGGAGGGCAGAGCGCUCAUGAUCAAACCUGGAACCUCUUCAGCCAAAGAGGAGAAGGAGAAUGACGCUUUCUUUAAAAAGGUGCAAGAAAUCCAUGAGGGGCUGCAGAGUCUCAAAAAGAUGGUGUCUAACCUGGAGAACAAACAGAGAACUGUGCUGGGGGUGGCGCUGCCGGAGGAGAGUAUGAAGAAAGAGCUCCAGACGCUCCGAGAGGAGAUCAAGACGUCGGCCAGUCAGAUCCAGAGAAAACUGAAGAGUAUUGAACCGAAGAAGGGAGAGGAGGACGGAAAAUAUAUACCCGUAAACGUUCGGAUGCAACGGACCCAGCACGGCGUUCUGUCGAGGGAGUUUGUGGAGCUGAUGGGUAAAUGUAACACCAUCCAGUCCGAGUACAGAGACCGGAACGUGGAGAGAAUACAGAGACAACUCAAAAUCACUGGGAACAACGUGACAGAAGAAGAGCUGGAUGCGAUGCUCGAGAGUGGGCAGACGGAUGUUUUCACCCAAAAUAUCCUGAUUGACGCUCAAGCUACGAGGCAGGCUCUGAACGAGAUCGAGUCGCGGCACGACGAGAUCCUGAAGCUGGAGAGGAGCAUCAGAGACCUGCACGACAUGUUCCAGUACCUCGCCAUGGAGGUGGAGGCUCAGGGGGAGAUGGUGAACCGGAUUGAAACCAACAUCAAAAACUCGGCUGACUACGUGGAGAAAGCAAAGGAAAACACGGAGAAAGCGGUCACGUAUCAGCAGAAAGCACGCAAGAAAAAGGUCUGGAUAGCGAUCUGUUGUGCCAUCCUCCUCCUCAUCCUAAUCAUUUCAUUGGUCACCACCUUCGGCACCUAACACCAGGCAGUGUAAGUUGUUGGCUGUAGACUAGUUUAGCAGAAGCACAUUAAAAACAAAUCCCCUUUUUAUGUAAAUAAUUUCAGCCCACAGGAUGUACGGGUGAAUUCUGUCUUUUUUUUUUUUUUCAACAUUUCAUAUAUUUGUCUUUGUCUAACCCUCUUGUCCUCCCAAUGGGCCUUUUUGUCAUUGUUUUUUUUAAGAAGAAAUGUGCUUUUAACUCAUAAAUGACUACAAUCUCGCCUGCAUUUCCACUUCCACCGAAGAGGCAGUGCUGCUGGUUUAUGGAAACCCCGCCCUGUCACACUCUGGUCUGCAACACAAAGACCAGGACCGUUACGUCACUGCUCUAUCACCUCCUACAUUAUUGAGAAAAAAAGAGAGGAAAUAAGUGGCCUUGAACAAAGCACAACUUAGUAUUGAAACCCCACACUGGCGCUGAUCAUACUGUACUCAGGAAACUUUGUUGAAUCUUGUUACGUUGUCGUUUCUGGAUGAAUUAGAGGCGCAAAUAACAAUUUUAAUAGAUUAGGGAUUUCUUUUAUAGGCAAAUAGACUAAUAUAAUUGUACAUAACCUUUAUUGCUGAUGAUUAUGACAUUCUUUAUGAGAGGAUUUUUUUUUUUAAACUUGAUUUCGACUGCCUACAUGUAACAAGUGUAAAUAUAAUUUUUUUUUUUUUGCGUGUGGAAUAACAUUACCCCCCCUUUUUAUUUUACGAAGGUGUCUCAGCACUGCUUUAAAAGGCCCACGGCCCACUUUCAUUUGUCCUACCGGUUAGUAUUUAUGAUUUAAAACGUUAGCUGCUGCUACGAGAAAAGUUCUGUUACCACACGUUUUUUUUUUAAUCACAACUGUGUCUUCUCCUUUAUGUCCAUGUGAGAAUGUAAUGUUGUGCAUUAACAUUGUCAAGAAGGGAUGAAGUGAGUUUUUAUUUUUGCUUAUUUGUUUAAAUUCACACAGCAUUGUUUCAGCUGCAAGUCCUCACGGCUUAUCCUGAGACACACACACACACACUUCAUCAGUUUGUCACAUUGUGCAAAUACUCCUUUUGUCUUGUUAUAAUUUGUUGAAUUAUGUAGAGAAAUCCUGGAGCAGUGAUAACUAACCAGAACACACAUUUACGGAGACAAAAGGUGCACGUUUUGCACCACUACGUGACAAAUCUGUAAAGAAAAACAAACCAAAACUUAUGUUAAGGGUUGUCCUUUUUGAGGCAGAAAGAAAAGGGUUGACGCAGAGCAGUGACUUUACUGUGUAAUAUUACGCCUGUUGAAUUUUGCAUCACUCAUUUAUUUGAAUGGGUUUUUAAAAUAAAAUACUGCCAUCUAA